GGACAGAAAGAGAGUGAGAGAGAGUACGUGAGAAUGCGAGGGCGAGGGUGUGUGCGUGCGUGCGUGCGAGUAUGUGCGGUGCGAGAGCAAGUGCGAGUGAGCGAGAGAGUGAGCGUAAACGAGAUAACUUCGAACGGACAAUGGAGAGACACCGGGCGUGGGCUCGGGCUGGGCUUGGGCUUUGGCUCUGCGAGGAAGGGGGAUGGGGAAGGCAACGAGCAAGGACCAGUCACGGCGCGGCGACGGUGCAAGGGCAAGGCGGAGCAGCGAUUGAGGGAGCUUCUGUUCGUUCUAGCGUGCUUCGAAAUGCAUCGCCCAAGACACGCAUGGCUGUGAUUGGCGUCACGCUCUGGCUGAGCUUGUUUAGCGCCGUCCGCUGCUACGAGGAUCAUCGGCCGCUUGGGCUCAUGACGCUGACUGCCCACCUAUUACUGAUCAACAGAACCCCCUCUGCUUCACCACCACUUAUCUCCGCCUCGUACCAGACACACGCCAUCCUCCAGGCUCUGCGGCCGCGAUGCGCGGUCCAACCUCCAGUACAAGCAGGUGCCUGAUGCUCGUACGCGACCGAAGUCUGUCUCCCUUUCAUUCAUUCUCUCAUCCUCCUCGCCCGCGCUUGGAACCACUCCACGUCUGCACCGUGAAGAUUCCAAGCCACUUGCCUGCCAGCCAUGCCUUUCGCAUCGAAACCUAGUCUGCUGUCUUCAUUUUUCCCCCUUUCUUCUCGCCUCCAUCUGCGCUCGCUUUCCGUCGGCUCAUGAUCACCCAAGUUGGAUUUUUUUCCUUUUCUUGUUCCCCAUCCUCAUGUCUACGAGCACGGAGCCCUUCACUGAAACCCAAUUGCGUGGAGGAAACGUCGACCUGUGCUCUGAGCUCUCGUAAAGAAAACGCUAGGAUGGCACGCGCUAAUGUCGAGAACGUUUCCACCUUCCCUUGUCAUCUUCCGCGCUCAGACACCGAGGCUUACCUUGCUAGAUCUCACCAGGUCAGACGAGGCAAAGAGCAACAGGAUGCCCGCGGAACCCAGCCAACCAUUGCCUAGUGGCGACGAUGCCUGUCGAGCAGACGUUACUGUAACACUUUCUGGUAGGGACCGAAAAUCGCACAUCCGUCC